AUGCCGAACGGAAAGAAAGGGAUAACGCCUGCGCGGCCACGCAGAGAUGUGCUGGCCUCGCUGCGUAUGGCAUCAAUGGAAGAGAUUGCACGAGCUUCGCUGCCGGCUGAGAUCAUGUCGUCAAUUCUAGAUUACCUCGACCCCCUCGACCUCAUCCGCGCAGCUCGGUCGAGCAAACUUCUCCAUGAAAUGGCAUACGACGACACCCGAUGGGUACAGCGAUUGAAGCGAAUUGGGUGCUGGGAUGAGGCAGACGCUCGAAAGCAUAUUGAGAGUGUUUACGGGAGCAUUGCGAACUUGGAUGUUGCAGAGCAGGAGGAUGGUUUCGAGAAGUCGGGUCGUGCACGUGCAGUGCCUGCCAUUAUUGUCGAGGAAACCCCUGCUUCUGAUGUCAAGCAGCUCUCUGAUGGAUUCGACAAGAUCGAGCUAGUCAAUACAAGCUCACAGCCCGUGCCAUCAGCGACCACCGAAGAUGAUCCUGAUCUAGUGGUUUUGAAACACGCAAAAUCCAUUCGAGGUGAAGCGCGGCAGGAAUAUGGGAGGAUCCAUGCCGCAUUAGCGCCCUUUUACGACGAUAUUGCCAAGAAUGGACCGUCGAUGAACAAUUUGGUUUUUACUCACUAUAGCGAUCCGCAAGCACAGGCACAAAUGCUGUCCCAGCUAGUGUCCUUUUCAAACUCUGAUAUGACAGAUGGCUGGCAAGACCGGACGGACUGCCUCCAAAGGGCCGUGUCUAUCUUUGAAACCGCUGCAUUGAACGAAUUUCGAAAAGCAUACGAGACAGACGACAUUGAUGACACUAUGCGCAAAUACGCCCACAUACUAUGGACACUUAAUGGUGCAAAGGCAGCUGUCGACCUGUUUAUACAUCACAAUCAUUUGAUAAUGCGCAAAUCCGAGCUGGGAACUGUAGCGGACUGCAUUGAUGCCUUGGGAAAAGUGAAAGUACAGCAUACACAGGCGUUUUUUACCCGUUUGAGUGUCGCCUACAACGAGGAGGUGACAAUCAUGAACCGUGUCUUUCCUCCGGAGUUGGAUGUGGCAUCUCCCUUCAUGGAGAAGGUCGGACAAGAUGUGCUCUAUCCAUUCCUAACCGCGAUCUUCGAUGAGCUGCAUCGCACUAAUAUGGAGUCUUAUCUCACCGCCAUCUCUGUUACGUUUGUACAGUGCAUGAAUCUGUCCGAAUCCCUCCUGCCGAUACGGAACUCUGGCGACAGGUUUGAUCAAUACCUAGAUUCGGUCGUGAUCAAGAUCUACGAGCCACACAUUGAUUUGUAUUUGGCUGAAGAGCUUGACUUCUUUCGAAAGGGCUGUGCGGCCACAAUUGACGACUGGGAUCGCCAGCUUUCAGAACAAGCUGCCUCGACCGAAUCAUUCCUCAUGUCCAAUGUCAACCGCCAGGCUGACAAGCGAGACUUCCUCACUUCAUUCAAGAAAGUGAUCAUGAUGCCUGUCAACAUCCUCCCCAGUUUUUCGGGCAACAAGGCCAACGAAGACUUCAAAUCAUACUCUGAGACGAACGGCAAUAACCCGUCUGUUCCGAAGAUCUCCAAUCGAUUCUCCACUAUCUCGUCACCGACACCAACUACUUUAGAAGAGGCCCCUACAACGGAAUUGGCAGCAAAGGCGGCUAUUAUGAAAACAAAAAUGGAAGGCAUCCGAUCCUUGUUCAGCAUCGAAAUUGCUUUGAGCCUCGUUCAUUCGGCAAAGUCCAGCCUGGAGAGAGCCGCCCAGUUUGUCCGGCUAGGUGGAGAGUAUGGUAGAGCUGCGAAACAGCAGUGUGAGGCCAUCUUUGUGGCCUUGCUCCGUCUCUUGGGCCUUCGCCAUGUUAUUGUUGGCUUCGAUAAGGCCGUCGACCACCUCUCCAACUACCGACCGCGUGAUCAGGAGGAGCGCGAUUCUGCAGGAGUGGAGCCCCUGGUUACCUUUUUGGAGCUGGUGAAUGUGGGCGACCUCAUUCUCCAGAUGGUGGAUGUGUUCUACGAGCAGGAAUUGAUUGGCAUGAGAUUGACGGACCGCCAUGAUUUUCUCGAUCCGGCGGUCAAGGAAAAGAAGAAAUUCGAGCAGAUGCUCGAUGAGCGGGUGGCAGCUGGGUUGAACAAGGGUAUCGACGUUCUCAUGGAGGAAGUGGACUAUAUUCUCGCUACACGACAACUCGCCACCGACUUCAACCCAGGCGUUUCGUCAGACCCCCACCGACAGACCAUGGAUGUGGGUGUGAGUGAAGCGGCGGCCGCCGUGGUAGAUGUGGUUUCGUCGCAUACUUCGAUGUUGGUGGGCAGCACCGACAAGAGCACGCUAGAUGUGUUCAAUCAAGAAGUAGGUCUGCGUCUCUUCACGGCUCUGUGUAAGCAUCUCAAGCGACAGCGGAUCAGCGUUGAGGGGUCCCUGAAGCUCAUCAGCGAUAUGAACCACUACUUCAAGUUUGUCCAAAACCUCAAGAACAACGAACUUCUCCUCUACUUCAAAGCAUUCCGCGAAUUAGCCCAAAUCUACCUGAUCGACCCGUCUGAUGCCAAGGAGCUGGCAACAAUCAUCGCCGACGCCGACCGGUUCCACGGAAUCUGGCGCGUGGAGGAAGUAUAUGAGUUCGCGGAGCGCCGGGUCGACUGGUACCAGGUGAAACGCGACGUGGAACGAGCUAUGUACGGCAUCGGAUGCAGCGUGAUGUAA